AACAUUGGGAAAACUGUUAAAAAUUGGAUCUUUGUGGGAAAGAUUUGAAGAACUACUCGAUUUGAUGAGUGAAAUGUAGUGAUGAGCUAAAAAGAUACAAUCUUGAUGAAUUGGGUUUGUGAUAUUGAUUUGUGAUGGGGCAAUAAGACUCUGUUAAUUAGAAUCUUGGCAGAUAUUUAUAAUAGUAAAAAAAUGAAUACUGUGGGGAGGAUAGGUAGCUACAUUGGGAGAGGGGUAAGUAGUGUUUCGGGGCCUUUCCAUCCAUUUGGCGGUGCUGUAGAUAUCAUAGUAGUGGAGCAACCAGAUGGUAGUUUCAAAUGUUCUCCUUGGUAUGUUCGAUUCGGGAAGUUCCAGGGGGUUCUGAAGGCGAGAGAAAAGGUGGUUACUAUAACUGUCAAUGGCGUCGAAGCCAAUUUUCAUAUGUAUUUAGAUAGUAGGGGACGAGCUUUCUUUAUAAAGGAGAUAGAUAUAGAAGAUGGAGAUAUUUUGUCUUCUUCUUCAUCCUCAGGUGAGGAUACUGAUGGGAAAACCAGUAGUAAUCGGCCAACAAAGAGUUGUGGUGAGGAUGUCUUGGUAAGGUCCGAUCCCCGAGGACCUGGGAUUUUAGGCAGGGUUUUUGGGAGGAAGUCGAUGAAAAAUAAUGCCGGCAUUAUCAGGGCAGACUCGUUGGAGCGUGCUGAAAUGGCAGCUGAUCUGUUAGAAAUGAGGUGGUCUACUAAUCUUACCCCCAGGAGGUACAGUAGAGAUUAUGCCGUACCUGUUUCUCCCCAAGAUGCAUCAAAGGGUGUUAAAGAGGAUGACUUGCAAAUAAAUGACAAAAAAAGUGAUAUAAGCUCUCCUGCACAUGAUGACAUGUUAGACAAUCUUGAUUUCCGUGAACCUUCUCGUGAGAAGGAUGAUGGUUCUCGUCUGAGCGAGAAGUCUGUCAAGAGAACUGGUAAACAUGUGUUAUUUUCACCAUCUGAGAAUGCAACAAGAGUGUCCGAUGUUGUCCAAGGUGUUGAAGAUUCUCGUCGUGAAGAAAGCUUAAGAAUUUCUGGUGACAGUGGUGAACUAGGCGUAGUUGAUGCUGAUCAUGAUGCCAGGGGUUGUACAUCUAUAUCUGAGGUUGCGAGCCCCAAUUUAAAAAUUGUCGACUCCCUUGAGAUUGAGAAGCACGAUUCUUUUACAGUUAGCCGUCUUCCCGAUGAGGAAAGUGGAACUGCUGCGGUCCAGUCCUUUUUCUAUUGUGAAACUGAAGAGAAAUCAACAGCGGUGCUAGAUGUUUCAACCGAAGAAUUUACUCAAAACUUGUGUGCUUCUCGUGAUCUAGAAGCUCGUAUGCACGCCCAAACGGUGCUCAGUUUGAAUGAUGUAAUGUCUGAGGAAAACUCUCAACCAGAAGAGGACUUAUUAUUUGAAAAGGAUCCUUUAAAUGGUUUCAAGGUUAUAACCAACAAUACUUAUCCGAACUCAAUCACUAAUAUUUUGGUCUCCGAGAGCGGUUCGUUGAAUAGCUCCGCUGCAGAAGCAGAUUAUGGGUGCAUUUUACCAAUCCCUUGUUCCAGUACCUCAACCUAUGAAGAUCAAUAUCAGAAGACUAGCAUAAAAGAUAAAGUAACAAGCAAACUGGGAGCCUCUUCACAGGCUCUUGGUAAUCCUAAUGAAUCUAGUGACAGUUUGAUCAGAAGACUUACUGUUUCUUCAUCAGAAAGUUUGGAGGAAGAGCAGCUUCUCUUUGGUGAUAUUGAUGAUUGUUGCGACAGUGUAGCCAGAUACACAGAGUCCACUUCAUCAGAUUAUAAGGAAAAAGAAGACUAUCGAGUACCAAACUAUGAGUCUGGUCCUACUCUAGACAAGUCCAUCCAAAGUGAUCAGCCAAUUGUUGCAGAUGGAAGAAAACUCAAAACCGUAUCAAGCAAUGUUGACAUUCCUGCAAGUUUAGUAGUUCAGGACAACAGAAUUGUGCGGAUGGGCAGAUCUUUACCCAACAUGUGGUCUCAUGAUAGUGAUUUUCUUUCUAACCCUGAGGGCUUACAUUCAUCAACUGUACUACAGACAACAGAAGUUGCUGGGGUCGCGGAGGAGGGGAAAAAUAUUUCAGUCACCCCAGAAAACGAAAGAGAUCCCAAAUCCAUUAAUUCCUCGGGUAGGAGGAGCUGGAGAUCAUGGUCUCUUUCCUUUAAGAGAUCAAGAAGCAGGGGAAAUUCUGGAUUGUCCAUGGAUGAAGAUGUAAAUUCUGAUGCUAAAAGUAUUUCAAAUAAUACUGGUGGUGACGCAGAAAAAGAUGUGCCAAAACCAAAGAUUUCGAAGAAGAAAAUAAUGUUAACCACUCCAACAUCUGAACAGCUGGCUACUUUGAAUCUGAAGGAGGGAAAGAAUACAGUUGUUUUCACAUUCUCGACUGCAGUGCUGGGGAAACAGCAGGUUGAUGCUCGCAUAUAUUUGUGGAGAUGGGACUCAAAAGUCGUAAUAUCUGAUGUUGACGGAACAAUUACUAGAUCUGAUGUUCUAGGACAGUUCAUGCCUAUGGUUGGGAUGGAUUGGUCACAGAUAGGCGUUGCACAUCUCUUUUCGGCUAUCAAGGAGAGUGGAUAUCAUUUGCUUUUCCUUAGUGCACGUGCUAUUUCACAGGCCUAUCUUACUAGACAAUUCCUGUUUAAUCUUAUGCAGAAUGGAGAGGGAUUACCAGAAGGACCAGUUCUUACAUCUCCUGAUGGAAUUUUCCCUUCUCUAUUUCGAGAAGUGGUUAGAAGAGCUCCUCAUGAAUUCAAAAUCGCUUGCUUAGAGGAUAUAAAAGGAUUAUUCCCUUCUGAUAGGAAUCCCUUCCCCUUCUAUGCUGGUUUUGGAAACAGACACACGGAUGAGAUCAGCUACCUCAAGGUUGGAAUACCUAAAGGGAAAAUCUUUACCAUCAAUCCAAAGGGUCAAAUUGUUGAUAAUCGCCACAUAGAUACAAAAUCAUAUACCUCUCUUCAUAGUCUUGUCACUGCCAUGUUUCCAGCCACUUUCUCAUGUGAGCAGGAGGAUUUUAAUGCGGUGAAUUUCUGGAGACUUCCACCUCCUUAUAUUGAUUGAAAGUUAGCAGAGUCCAUCCUUAGCUAUUUUUUGAGAUUCAGUGGUGGUACUGCCACAGCCAACGAAAGAUUCAGUGAACGGCUAGCGAGUCGAUAUCAUAAAUACGCAGUAUGUUUGACUGAACCACAGACAAGGCUCUCUGUAUUUGUAACUGUAUAUUGCACAUGGAAGUGACUAGUAUACUAUUGUUUUAUACACUCAUCCUGGAGGAAGAAAAUCGUGUACUCAAUUUUCUGAUAUUCACUCAUUAAUCAUAGGCUAGCCAAUUUGCUUAGCCGUAAAUGUAUACACAUACUUAUGGGAGAAAAAUACGAAAUACGUUCGACGUCACUCCUUCAGGAAGAGUUGAACUUUGUAAAUUGCUGUAGUCUUAGUAUGUGAGUAUGAGGAAGUGUAGAUUUUGCAGUAACUUGGUAAUUUUGUAGAAAUUUUGGCUUAUAAUGAACAGAUUUGUUAAGACAAACUGUUAU